AUGGUCCCGUCAGUUCUUGCCGACCAGCACAUUCAGGCGCCCGUCGUCGCGCCCAAGGCGCUGGACCGCUCAGUGCUGAAGGCCUCACAUCCCAACCCGUCGCUCCAAGUGACGGCCGACCACAAUCUCAAGUCUGUCGAUGCACCUGUCUACGCGCCCGGCCAUGGCGAGGUGCUGCUACACGUUAAGGCGACUGGCAUAUGCGGCUCCGACAUUCAUUUCUGGAAGACUGGUCGCAUCGGAUCGCUGGUAUUUGAGGGAGAUUGUAUCAUCGGCCACGAGGCAUCCGGUGUUGUCCUGCAGUGUGGAGAGGGUGUUGGCAAUCUGAGGCCUGGCGACCGAGUCGCCGUGGAGCCCGGUGUUCCCUGCGAGCACUGCUUCCUGUGCGACGAGGGUCGUUACAAUCUAUGCGAGGAUGUCCAGUUCGCGGGCGUCUAUCCUUAUCACGGCACCGUCCAGCGGUACAAGGUGCACCCGGCCAAGUGGCUGCACAAGAUCCCCGAUAAUGUGAGCUUUGCCGAGGGUGCCCUGCUUGAGCCUCUCUCCGUGGUGAUGCACGGUAUCAAGACGGCUGGGCUCAGCCUGGGUCGUGGCGUGGUGGUCUGCGGUGCUGGUCCCAUCGGUUUGAUCGCGCUGGCCGCGGCUCGAGCCUCGGGUGCCCAUCCCAUCGUCGUCACUGAUCUCGAGCCUGCCCGUCUGGCCUUUGCGAAGGAGUUUGUGCCGUCGUGCAUCACGUACCAGGUGGACAGGAACAAGGAUGCGCAGGGCAAUGCCCAAGCCAUCCGGGCAUUGUUCGGAGACAGCGAAUAUGUCGCACCGGAGACGAUCCUGGAGUGCACCGGGGUCGAGAGCAGCGUAUGCACCGCUGCGUACACUGCCCGCCGGGGCGGUACUGUGAUGGUGAUCGGUGUGGGCAAGGCCAUCAUGAACAAUCUGCCCUUUAUGCACAUCUCUUUGGCAGAGAUUGACUUGCGUUUCAUCAACCGGUACCGCGACACCUGGCCACCGGCGAUCCAGUGCUUGAGUGGCGGAAUCCUGGACUUGAAGAAGUUGGUCUCACACGUCUUUCCCUUGGAGCGGGCACAGGACGCGCUGCAUCUCUGCGCCGAUACACGCAAUGGGAGCAUCAAGGUUCUGGUUGUGGACGAGCAGGAGGCCUCAUUAUAG